AUGGUCAUGGUGGCAGAAGAGAAAUAUCAGAAUGUCGCCCCAGAGAAUAACAACAGCAGUAGCCUGGAUGAUGAGAUCGAAGACCUGAUUUAUUACGUAAGGACAAACGACAUUGAGGAAGUUAAAAAAAUCCUUCAACAUGGAAACAUAAGCUCAAUUAACGAUGUGAAGGACGAAAAUAAAAACACACUCCUACAUUUUGCAUGCGCAAAUAACAAUGUGGACAUGAUUCGCUUUCUGCUAUACGAAUGCGCAAUUGGACAUAACCAACUGAAUGCCAGUGGAAAUAGCCCCCUCAUGUGGGCCAUACAGAAUAAGCAUUGUGAAGCUGUAAAGGAAGUGCUACUUUUCGACUACCUUUUAUAUAGCAAAGAAUAUACCACAGACGGAUACCAGCUAAGUGCCCAUGUCAAAAAUAAAAUAAACUCGAUGAAUUUUUUCGGGAGCAUUUUCUCUGACGAUCAUGAUGGCAGCUUGGGCAAUGGCGACAGUAGGCAGGGUGUCGGAGGUGCUACUUUAAACGGCCAGGGAGAAACGUGGGGGAAGCAAAUUCGCCUGUACAAGGAAGCCAACAAAAUCGACCUACUGAAGAAAAACGAAUUCGACAAGAGCAUUCUGUCGGAGGCCUUCAACGCCCAGGACGAAAAUAUUUUGCACCUCGUUCUGAGCCACCCCAUGUCGAGUGUGCUGGACGAGCAGGAUGGGCGCGCGGUGAGUGCCAUGAACGGCGUAGCCAACCGUGGGGACAGCGCACCCAAUAGCCACAACGACACAGCGUUCACGACAAACCUAGAGGACGCAAAAAUAAUUCAGGAGUGCACCCACCAGUUGCUCAUCAACGAAAAGGCAAAAGUAAAAAACGGGGAAAGCGAAGAAGAGGCCAUUAUACGGAUAAGAGAAAUUGGGCUAAACUAUUUUGGAAAUUCAUUUGAGGAUGGCAAAACAUCAGGAGAAGAGAUCCAUUCGCAUAAUGACAUCACCGGGAUUAACAUUUGGGAGUGCUGCCUCAUGAUAAGCAAAUGGAUCUCCGACUUGUGCCUCCAGAAUAGCACCCUCUUUAGCAACAAAGACCUGUAUGAGGCAAAGUUCUCCGAGUUUACCGACGCCUCCAACUUCGUCAUGAUGCGCUGCCAAAAGUACUAA